AAACAUCAGCUCUGUCCGUGCCAGGUGACUUAUCAGGAUCUUGCUUAGUAGGACUUACCUACAGUAGCCAUGGUCCUUGUAUUUAAUCUUGUGGUGUUCACUGUGGGUUUUGUUUUCUUAUUGGAACAUUUGAGGUUAGAAAUAGGUGUGAAGACUAGAUCUACAGGUAGGGCAGUUAGAGGUAAUUUUGUAGAAUGAGCUGUAAUAAAACUGCUUCAACCCAGUGUUUGAGUUACUCCUUUGCCGGCAGCAUUCAGGUAGGAGGUGGAUUGGUGAGCUCUGCAUGUCCUUUGCAGAAGGCUCUUAUAGCUUGAGCAUUGUUGUAGGGGCCUGUUAGACCAUGGCAUACAGGUGUAAGCUUUAAACAGAUGUGGAAAUGAGGCUUUGGGUUUGUGCUGUAACAGGAAUUGAACCAGUAUCCAUGUAAAAAGGCGUCUUCCCAUGAACACAAAUUAAACUUCAAGAAGAGCAAGGAAGUGUGUUUAAAUUACAUUCAGGAUGCCAUGCUACAAAAGCAGUGGAAAAGGGCUGCAGAGUUUCUGACCUUCUAUAUUGAGUCACUAGAGAAAGACUUUUCUACAGCAUACAUGGGUCCGUCAGAGAUGAUUUGGAGAAUAGGAACUGAAAUUUUGUGCCACCAUUCUCAUAGCAGCAUGAAACAGUUCAACUCUUUCAUAGAACAGAUGAAAACUUUAGGAGUAAAAAGGUAUUUGAAGGUUUGCUUAGAGCAUGCCUUUCACCUCCUUUGUAAUGGACUAAUAGAUGAAGCUUACCAAAACCUGUCCCUGGCAGAAAGCUGGAGGUUUGGAGAACAAACAACCAUUCAGGAUAAAGAAAUGAAACUGAUUCAGGCUUACAGGGGACUGUUGGACUACUAUAGCUGGUCUAAGCAGAAGAACAUCCUGUUAGAGCAUGGUCAGAAUGGAUUUGAAGACUUGUCUGUUGAACAGGAAAUGCACAGUUGCUUUCGGAAGGCAGCAGUGAACUUAAAAGAGAUUAUUAAAAUACCUGGAGUCUGGGAUCUGUUUGUGAAAUGCUAUGUGGAUUUGUUGGAGUUCUAUGGAGACCAUAACGAAGCCUGCCAAGUAUUAAAUGAAUAUGCCUACAACUCAAAGUUUCCUGCUAAUCCCAAUGCUCACGUUUACCUCUAUCAGUUCCUGAAGAGACAUGGUGAAUCAAAGAAAUCACUCAUAUCGGCACUGAAGAUCUUGCAUGAUAUUGUUCCUUCUCAUGAACUAAUGAUAGAUUUUAAUACCAUGCUUCAAAAAUCAAAGAAAAGAAAAAAACGUCAGCUGGGGCUAGAAGUUAUUUUUGCAGCCUUGGAUUAUGCUGGCUGGAAGGAAAAUGUAAAAGCAUGGAGCUGUUUGGCAAGACAGGUGAAACAAAUCGUGAUCUCUGAGAAGCAUCUUGACUGGAUCAAACAAGAGUGGAACUCCAGAAAGGACUGGUGGCCAGCCUUCCAUUUUAGCCGUUACUUGGCAAAAAGGAAUUGGCAGGAAAAUGAAAGCCUUUCAUAUGAAAAAGCUCUGGUGGCUGGAAUCUUACUGGGAAAGGAUUGCAAGUACUUUAAAUAUGUAUCACACCAAGGCUGCAAAGCUCAGGUGAAAAGGUUUCGGAUACUGAAGAAAUUUGUGAAUAAGCACAAUCCUGCCUACCUGAGAAUAUCUGGUCUUUCAGAUUCCUCUGUACAACCUUGAUUAGAAGGUGUCCUUAAGGUUCUUGCUGUACUUUUUUCUUCUCUGUGGAACUGACUUCUGUAUUGGUGCUAUUCUAAAACUUUGAGGCAGACCCUAUUGACUCAGUACUAGACUUUUUUAUAUGAUUCUGUAAAAACACCUUGGUUUGUAUUUAUUUUAUAAUAAAAUGAAUAUAAAUCAA